UUCUUCUCAGCUCAUUCUCGCUAUUGAACUAGUUUGCAUUCUUCUCGACGUAUUCUCGACGAGCGAACCCGCACGGAUGCAAUUUGCAGAAGAUCGAUCCAAUGAACAAAAGGAGAACAUCAUCGGAAUUCCUACCGUGUGAUCCUGUUUCUCACGUGCUGAGUACCGAGUACUCUUUUCAUCUAUAUAUCUAAGCAGAUCCUUACCUUCGAGUCCCUUUCUGCAUAUUUCAUCAAUAUUGAUAAUAAUAAUAAUAAUAACAACAAGUGGUUCUAUCAGCGUUUUCCUUCUUUCGAUAAUAAAUUUUUCAUUAAAAUACCGAAAAUCCCAGUAUGUGCGCUGUAUUUGUGAAAAAUAUUGUGUUUUAGUAAAAAGUAAAUAGUUUGAGUACAUAGUAAGAAUAAAUAUAUUUAAAGUGUCCAAAAAGUGUUUACUUUGGAUUUAUCCAAUAGCUUUUAAACUCAUGGAGGAUAAACUUUCCCAGCUGUCAUCAAGAGUCUGAACCGAUUGAGCAAAGAGGGUGAAGGACUUGCCAAUGAAGAUGGAGCUUCAACGCACCCCACCUUGGCCUUGAUGAGGCGCAUCCUUUCUGAUGCCCAGGCAAAACUCCGCGUGAUGGUGGAGGAGAACGCAGCAACGGGUGCCCGACUGGACGGGGAGCUGGAGCGUGCACGUGGUGAAUGUGCAAGUCUCCGGGGUGAAUUGAGAACCGUCCGCGGCGCCCUAGUGCUCAACAAUAAUCACACAAAUAAUGGUGGUACGAGCAACAGCAGCAAUGCCAGUGGUAAUUCGACAAACAGUCCAAGUACCUCCGCAAGUACUACAGCUACAACUACCAACAAUUUAUCUGCGCCGGCGAGUCAAGACAGUACUGAGUCACCAGGACACAAUAGUCAAGAGGAAACUUCGAAACGUUUAAGUGCUAACAGCAGUCCUGUCGACAAAAGGAGCUCUGCUAGCGAAAAAUCAGUCAGCCCCGUUGACAAAGGCAACGGUCCGAUUGAUAAAAAACACAAAAAAGAUCCCAAUAGUCCUAUUGAUCGCUCCAAAACUAGUCCAUCUGCCGAAAGAAGAAAUGGCUCACCGAGCCGCAGUCCAAGUGAAAAAACCCGACGUCCAUGGACAUCAGCGGUGGAAAAAACGCGAAUCAGCGGCUCCGGUGGCAGCGUUGACUCGCAAUCAGGCAGUGCAAGUCCAGAUCGCGGUUCACGAACCACAAGUUUCUUUCAACGUAGCGGAAGCGAACGAUCCAGCGGUGAGAGACUACGUAUCACAACCAACCGUGAUUCAAUACGGUCGAACAAGGAUUCGAGCAUCGAACAUGACAAAGAUAGUUGCAGCAAAGACAUAAUUGAUGGUGAUGUAAGACCAGAUGAAGACAACGAACCUCCAGCUCCGGCUCCUAGCAGCAGACCAACAUCUCCCGCUAGUUCACUCGCUUCAAGAUUUUCCGGCCUUCAUACCGGUACUUCAGUUGAGUUGGCGAGCACUCGACGACUCCGUUUAGAGAAUGAACGACUAGUGGCAGAAGUUGCGAGAUUACGACGCUUAUUACUAAGCGGUGCAGCACGAGGCGAGGUCGGUGGUGAAGAUGCAGCCAUUGAAGAAGAAGCUCGUUUUGUGGCUCUAGAAAUGGAGUUGCAACACUCUCGAGAGAUUAUCCAAGCCCUUAAAACUGAUCGCAAAAGGCUCAAAGCUGAGAAGUUCGAUCUACUCAAUCAGAUGAAAGCACUUUACAGUACUCUCGAAGACAAGGAACGCGAACUCCGUGACUUUAUACGGAAUUACGAGCAGCGGAUGAGGGAAAACGAAGCAACACUUGGACGACUUCAACAUGGAAGUGGAUUGCCGAAUGAAGAACGCGAACGAGAACGCGAACGUGAACGCUGGAGUCUUCUAAGAGCUGCCAGGGAUGAAGCUGACCGGAGUGUCAGUUUAGCAGCGAGCCUCGCUGAUAAAGAAGCUGCUCUUGCUCAUGCUCAUGCAACUAUUAAAGAACUUCAACGGCAAUUAGGGGAUCGGGGUAUUGGAAAUGUGUGUUUGAGUGACCAGGAGUCCCUCGUCUCAUUUCCCCGAGGCAGCGUUAAUGGGACAGCAACACCUGGUGCCUGCAGCAACAGCGGAGUUGGAAAUUGUGUACCAAUGCUGCUCCCGCACCUGGGCUCCCAACCGCCCUUGGGCAUGACUGAUCUCUGUGUAGGCAGUGUCACUAGCACGGGUGUAUCUGGCACUGGACAGGCUGGUGAUCGUGGAAGCUGCAGCGCCGAUAGCGGUGUACGCGGGUCCAGCGAUCGUGAAAGCGGUGGUGCUACAAGCGUCGGUGGGAACUUAUCAGAUUCUACCACUGAUGGAACACCGACAAUAACUGUUGAGGGAAGUGGCCUCGACAUGGACAGCAUCUCCGUGAUCUCUUCUAUAGCCCCAUCACAUAUGUACCAGUCAGCAACAACGCCAAAAGACUGCAGUCCAACACUGUCGCCGUUAAAUGCAUUCUCACGGGCAAUGAACACAUCGUCGAUGUCGCGAUCGGUCGAGCAGCUCUCCAGCCCGAUGGAUUCUGAGCCGAGGAGAUGCAAACAGAGUCCACCUGUCGUAGCACCUGUCGCUCACGUACGCUCAUCUGCGACAAGAGGCGGGCCCUGGGGAUCUAUUUCCAGGGUUUUCGCACGCUCGCGUCACCGGAAAACGAUAAACAGUUCUGUGAGCGGGAGCGCCGGAAACGAGGGCCCGGAAGCCUUCGAUCCAUACAGAUCCUGGUCGCCCCUCACCGAGGAAGGCUACGCUGAGAAGUUGAGAUUACUCAGAGAGGCUGCUACCAUACCAAUGGAGCGCUGGCGGGCACCCACCGUGCUUGCUUGGCUUGAGGUCGCUCUUGGAAUGCCACAGUAUGGACCAAGAUGCGCUGAAAAUAUUAAGUCUGGAAAGGUAUUGUUAGAGUUGAACGACGCUGAACUAGAAGCAGGUCUCGGUAUAACGCAUCCACUUCACAGGAAGAAACUCCGACUUGCUAUUGAAGAACAUCGUCAUCCAAGUCUCGUUCGUUAUCCGUGCAUUGCACAACUUGGUCAUACUUGGGUUAGUUCUGAGUGGUUACCAGACUUAGGACUCGCUCAAUACUCCGAGAGCUUUGCGACAAACAUGGUUGACGCGCGAAUGCUGGAUCAUGUUGUUAAGAAGGAGCUUGAAAAGUUGCUUGGUGUUACGCGGAAAUUUCACCAAGCAAGUAUUAUGCAUGGAAUUAAUUUACUGAGAAUGCUCAAGUAUGAUAGACAGGCAUUGGCUGUUAGGAGGCAUCAGUCAGAGCAAGUCGAUGAGGACCCAUUAGUUUGGACUAAUCAAAGAUUUAUUAGAUGGGCGAGGAAUAUCGACUUGGCUGAGUACGCAGACAAUCUCAAAGAUUCUGGAGUACAUGGUGCACUGGUAGUGUUGGAGCCUUCAUUUACGGGUGACACGAUGGCGACAGCGCUCGGAAUUCCGCCAGCUAAGCACAUGAUACGCCGACACCUGACAGCUGAGCUAGAAGGACUCGUUCUUCCAGCAAGAAGUCAGCUGGAGGUUGUCCCGAGGAACCACACCGGAGCAAGGCCGAUGAGCACCAUGAGCGCUGGAGGAAGUCUUGGCCGUGGAAGUCGGCCUCUGCAUCUCCAACAUCACCAGAGCUCUCUCUCCGCUCUCCACAUGGCCGCCAACAACAAUAACAACAACAACGGCACCAUCAACAACAACAACAGCUUAAACACUAUCGAUAGACGACGUUCCAGUCUCAGGACCUGCAGUCUUCUUUACCUUAAAAAGUUGUCAUGGAGAAGCUCUCAGGGAUCAUUGAGUCGAGCACUAGGUCUGCGACCACGUAGUGAAAAGGUAUCACCAUCAUCUUCCUCGGACACGGGAAGUUUAGUGAGUCAGUGUCAGUACAUGAGCAGCAUCCGAAGUAAUUCACCGCCUCCGCCACAACUUCCACCUCGACCAAAUGCCAAUGGCGGUAUUGGGAGCGUAGGCGGAAUCGGACUCGGAAUCGGAAUUGGGAUCGGAAGUGGAAACGGUAAACGUCACAGACGUGUCAAGAGCAUCGGAGACAUUGAAUACAUAACAAAUGCACCUGUCAGCACACCAGUCUGACAAGAGGACAGGCCCCAUCGUUCGGGGCCUUAUCGGAGUCUCAGCGAACGUGGAUACUCUUCUUCCUACUCGUCAGCUUCAGCUAACUCUCAGUACGGCUCGUAUUCUGGAUACAGCAAUAUCCUCAUGUCGGAUUAUUACUGCGAGUCCCUGUCGAGUGGCAGUGGUAAUAAUUAUUACCAACUACACGGCGGGUAUUAUUCUCCGCAGAGUUCUUCGGGACCACGUUUUCCUGGUGUUCAAAGAUACGGAAGUCUCGCUGAAGAAGUUUGGUCAACUUCUGCUAAAGAUGAAUUGCCAUCUAAAUAAAACAAAAUCAACACAACCAUACUUAGCUUAGUUAUUUAUUGAUAAUUAUAAUUAUAAUUAUAACUAUGAUUAAAAUGUAUUUGGAAUACGUAAAUCGUCUUCCCGAUGACCAAUUAAUUAUGCUGUUCAAUUAUUAUUACUAUUAUUAUUUAUUGGGAGGAAUAUAUUUAAUGAAUGUCGGAAAAUAGACUCGUAACAAAUAGAUCAUAAGACAUGAUAUAAAAUUAAUUAUGAAAAUAAUGAAAAAUUUUUUUAAUUACGCUCUUUUCAAAAAUAUUUUUUUUACU